CAGCUGAGAGGAAGAGGAGCCCGAUGACAGGGAGGAGCGCCGCCGAGCAGCACCCGGACAACCCACACGCCAAGAUGAUCGACCACCACCGCUGGCCGGCGAUGAUGGGGGGCCGGGUGUCCGGGAGCGCCAUGUCCAGGAGCGUGGAUCUCACUGACAGGAUGAGCAACAGGCCUGCGCUGUCGCUGAUUCCGUCGCGCGGCGGGGCUUCGCCGAAGAGGGCAUCGUCGGGGUCGUCCGCCGCGGAUGCCCUGUCGAGGAGCAUUGAUCUCGCCGACAAGAUUGACCGGCUGGUCUCUUCGUCGCGAGGGGAGUCACCAAGAACAUCAUCUGCUUCAAAUGGCACUGCUGAUUCAUCCCGAAGCGGAAAUGCUGGUAGAGAUUCCAGGCCUGCAGCAUUGGCAAUUCCAUCGCGAGGGGUCUCUCCUGUGAGAACAGGUGGUGGUUUAAGGGCACUUUCGAAGAGCAUGGAUCUUACUGAAAAAGAUAACAUUGCAUUCUCAUCAGCAGUUUCAUCAUCACCGGGCAUUUCACCAAGUGUGUUAGUAUCGAGCGUGCCCAAUGCUACAUCGCAGCCAACAAAAUCUUCCGAGAGGCUCAAUGGACGUGCUUCUUCCCCAGCUUCAUCGCGGGGACGUUCACCUAGAACACCAGCAUCUGGCGGCAUUGCUGCUGUAUCGAAAAACGUUGAUGUCCCUGAAAAAGAGAAGAGACCGGUUUCAUCUAGAGGGAGUUCGCCAAGAAGGCGACUUGCUUCCGAUGGCGUUAAUGGUAUUGUAAAAAAUAUGGAUUUUGCUGAGAAGGAUAGCAGAACAGCCGUCUCGUCAGUUCCAUCUCGUGGGUUUUCCCCAAGAAGAAGACUUGCCUCUGAUGGCAUUGAUGCUAUACCAAGCACGGAAUUUUCUGAAAAAGAUCACAGACCGUCCACAUCAUCUUCAUUGCGUGGGGUUUCUCCGCGGAAAAGGCUUGGUUCUGAUGGUACAUCAAAAGGGCCGGAUUUCGCUGAUAAAGCUAACACGCCAUCAACUUCGUCAACGGCAUCGCGAGGUACUUCACCAAGAACCCAGUUGGCAUCUGAUUGUGCUGGUACUACAUCAAAACACAUGGAUUCUGCUGAUAAAGAUAGCAAUAGACCGUCAACCUCAUAUGCUGCAUCACGCGGUAUGUCACCAAGAAGAAGGCUUGCGUCUGAUGGUAUUAGCUCCAUUUCAAAUAACGUCAACUUCGCUGAAAAGGAUGGCAGAGCUGUGCCCUCUUCAGUUGCAUAUCGAGGGAUGUCAACAAUACGGCGCCUUGCAUCUGAUGGUGCUGAUACCAUACCAAAGGAUAUGGAUAUUCCUGAGAAAAAUGUCAGACCCUCCACUUCAGCAGGUUCAAGGGGCUUUUCACCAAGAAGAAGACUUGCCUCUGAUGGUCUUAAUGUUAUAUCAAAGAGCAUUGAUCUUUCUGAAAAAGAUACCAGACCUACCACAUUGUCAGCUGCAUCACGAGGGCUUUCACCAAGAAGAAGACUAGCCUCUGAUACUGUAGAAGCUAUAUCAAAGAGCUCAGUUUUUGUUGAAAAAGAAAUAAGACCAUCCACUUCGUCAAUGGCAUCACGGGGAGUUUCACCAAGAAGAAGACUUGCCUCUGAUAAUGUAGAAGUUAUAUCAAAGAGCUCAGAUUUUGUUGAAAAAGAAACCAGAUCUUCCACUUCGUCACUGGCAUCACGAGGGGUUUCACCAAGAAGACGACUUGCCUCUGAUAAUGUAGAAGUUAUAUCAAAGAGCUCAGAUUUUGUUGAAAAAGAAACCAGGUCUUCCGCUUCGUCACUGGCAUCACGAGGGGUUUCACCAAGAAGACGACUUGCCUCGGAUGGUGUCAACAAUUUAUUGAAGAGCACUGAUUUUGCUGGUAAUGACUGCAGGCCAUCAACCUCAGCAGCUCCAUUACGAGGGACUUCACCCAGAAGCAGGGCUGCCUCUAAUUCCAUUCAUGCACCAUUGAGAAGCAUGAAUUUAGCUGAUAAAGAUAACAGACCAUCCACCUCUUCAAGAGCUUCACGUGUGACUAUACAGAGAGGUGGGCUUGCCCCUGGCCCCGUCAUGGAUUCUGUGGACAAAAGUAAUGCACGAUCCCCCUCAUCAUCCGCAUCUGGCGAGACUUCAUACAGUAGACUUGAUGGUACUGAUGUUCAAGCAGAAGUUGUCGAGUUUGCUGAUGAAGUUAGUUCAGUAACUGCAGAUGGUUGUAGUGAUGAAACUUCAGAAAGCACACAUUCUGGUAGCGUAGGCACAGGUGCAGCGUCCUUGUCCAUUGCAGUGCAAGAUAGACCACCUAGCAGAUCUGUUUCUGAUGUCAGUAAGGAUAUGUCACAGAAUGUGGAUGCAACUUAUGAACGUAGCAGAGUCAUCUCAGUGAAGAUUCCAUCUCGAGGAAAUUCUCCAAGGAGGAGACUUGCAUCUGAUGGCAUUGAUACAAUCCCCAAAAGCAUGGAUUUUGCUGAGAAAGAAAAGAGACCCAUAACCAGUUCAGUACAAUCACGUGGAAUGUCACCCAGAAGAAUAGCAAGAGUGGAUAGUGCUAAUAUAAUGUCAAAAAGCAUGGAUUUUUCUGACAAAUGCAAUGGACAAAUAUCUUCAAUAAUUCCAUCACGAGUGGUUUCUACAAGAAAAAUACUGGGACCAGAUGGUGCUAAUGCCAUGUCAAGAAGUGUGGAUCUGGGUGAUAACAAACAACCGAUCUCUUCAAUGGUGCAAUCAUGUAGAAUUUCACCACGGAAGAUGCCUUCUGCUUAUAGCAGAGUAAAAGGCCCCGAGCUUUCAUCAGGUGAUGUUGGGAGCCCAGGUUCUGCCGAUGGAAAUGGGAGUCAAGAGGAGAACUCUAGUUCAAGUCCAGCUGCACCUUCAAAUAAUUCAGAAAAAUUUGGAGCUUCAAAGCAGUUGGCAAGGACACUGUCUUCACCAUCACGUGGUCUACUACGCCCUUCAUCACCAACCAAGACUUCAUCAACAUCAUCAUUUGCCUCUAGGAGGUUGCCGAGCCCAUUGAGGAUUAGACCUUCAACACCUGUCUCACCAUGUAGUUCUGGUCGAUCCGAUUCUCCCUCUUCUAUUCUGAGCUACAUCGGUGAUGCAACAAGAGGAAAGAAGAGCCCAAGCCACAUGGAAGAUACCCAUCAGUUGCGCCUUCUAUAUAAUAGGAACUUGCAAUGGCGUUUUACAAAUGCUUACGUAGAUGAAAUGCUAUCAAUCCAGAAGAUGGGUGCCGAGACCAUGCUCUACAGUGUAUGGGAUAGUAACACAAGGAUGUCUGACUCUAUGGUUACAAAAAGAAGUUAUGUACAAAGGCUAAGGCAAGAGGUCAAACUGGGAAUAGUGUUGAAAGAACAAAUGGACUACCUUGACCACUGGGCAGUGCUGGAAACAGAUCAUUCUACUUCAUUGUCUGGUGCAAUUGAAGCUCUUAGAGCAAGUACAUUGCGCCUUCCAGUUACAGGAGGAGCAAAGGCUGAUGUACUUACUGUUAAGAACGCUGUCAGUUCAGCAGUUGACAUUAUGCAAGCAAUGGGUUCUUCCGUUUGUAACUUGCUAACAAAGUUACAGGCUACACACUCUCUGGUCACAGAACUUUCAGCUGUUGCUGCUAAAGAAAGCACUACACUUAAUGAGUACAGAGAACUCUUAGCUACAGCAGCAGCACUACAGGUGCAUGAGUCCAGCCUAAGGACACAACUCAUACAAGAAACAGAGUGAACAGUUUAAUUUCUAGUAUGUCUAACUAAGAUAGAGGUAACACACCAUUUGUUAGUUUUCUGUAACUGUACCGUGCAUAUAUGUAUCUUCAGUUUGUUUCCUGCUCCCUCCCUCUUUUCUUUCUCCCGUUUGUUAGGUCCCUUCUUCCCCCAAAAUUCUUUUUCAUUUCUAGCUCAGCUCCCAUGCCCUUUUCUAUUUGUACAACUCGCAUGGAAGAGAAGUGCACAAAUCAUGGAUUCACCAUGACAACGAACCUGUCAGUGUUAUUUGUAUAGCAGCCCACAAACUGAGGAUGUCGAUGUGCCAAAAACCGGAAGCCUGUUGUAAGUUAUAGAGCAGUUCUCUGCCUUUUGUUGUAAUGCCUUCACAUCUGACUUGUAUUUGCGGUAACAUUGUAAUAGAAGUAGAGUGUUGUCCAGUAGCAUUUUGUGAUCUACUGCAGGUUCCCUAUCCACCAAGGGAGCAACCAGAAUCUCUAACCUAACACUAUAGAGUAGUAGAUGACAGGUUCCUGAUAUACUAACUUCAUUUACUUACACAGUGGUGAUGCUUCUUUGAUAUGUAAAUGUUUCAGUUCUAUGAAAUGUUUUUUCUGUUACUCC